AUGACAUUGCCAGCUGUAGUGCAGGAUCCAUGCACUCCACCGCUCAAUGUAGCUGCAAUUUCAAGAGCAUUUCACGUGCUUCCCAAAAUACAGACCGUUAAUUGUGGCAGUCUGAGGUGUAUAUCAUCCAGAGCCAAUGGUCACGGCAAGUCCGUUUUCAAGGAUGCGAAGUCGGCGGAAUUUCUUGCUGCUGUUGGUGAUAAAGCAUCUCUACCUUUUCUAGGUGGGAUUCCUGAGGUAGUUGUAACGGGCCGAGCAAAUGUUGGAAAAUCAUCGUUGCUUAAUUCUGUGGUUGGGCGUAGAGAUCUUCUUUUUACCAGCAAGAAAGCUGGUCGAACGCAAACACUCAAUUUUUUCCGCGUUGGAUCUCACCCUGGCCGCUUGGUCGUUGUCGACUCUCCGGGAUAUGGUGCCAGGGGUCGACCCGAGUGGGGCGCCCUUUUCAACCAUUACCUAGAAAGUCGGAAACAGUUAUGUCGCGUCUUUAUCUUGAUAUCUGCUCCCCAUGGUAUGGGUGCUACCGACGAGGCGAUGCUUUCCUCGCUGAAUGCUCAGAUCCAGUCAUUCGAUGACACCCGCUGGACCCUUCAGGCAAUCAUAACCAGGGCCGACGCACUAAAAACAAACGGUCGAACUCAAAUAAAUGAGAUCGAACAAGAUAUCUUUCGCAUUGCCCCAAUGUGCUUACCCCCUAUCAUCACCUCAUGUCCAUCCGGGGGAAUUGCUUUUGGCAUCGAUGAAGUUAGGAAGUCGAUUUCUCAUGCAUGUGGAAUUGUCCCUUAG